CUUUAAAUUGGUUUUAUGAUCAAAUUCAAUUGCUUACAGUAAACAGUUCGUUCAUUCUAUUGCAGAAAGGCUGGACGCAUAAAAUAAACGUGGGCAAAGCGACCAAGAGUUUCUUAAUUAAAAGAAAUCCUGCAAGAGCCUCGCUAACAUCCUUCACUGCUGAGCCAUCAGAGUAAAAAUAUGUUGACAGAGAUGGACAAUGGUACAGUCCAGUGCUCGUUCAUCAUUGACAGUCCAGUGAGACGAUUCUACAUGUAUCCUACGAAUGUGGCAAUGCUGGCGUUGAAUAGCAUAUUUUGUUUAACAGCCACGGUGCAGAACUUACCCGUUAUCGCAGCCAUACUCAGGACGCGGUCCCUUCACACCCCUUCAAACGUUCUUCUGUGCUCGUUGGCAGUGACUGAUCUCACGGCAGGCUGCGUGGUCCAUCCCAUAUUCGUUGCUUUCAAAGCUCAACUUCUACAUGAUCGCUUCUCGUGCACGUUGGUGCUAGUCAAAGAAGGAAUGAUCAUAUACACCGGUGUUCUUUCGAUGUUGACUCUGCUUGCCAUAAGUUUGGAACGUUUGAUCGCGUUACGCGUGCAUUUACGAUACAGUGAACUUGUCACGAUCCCUCGCGUACUUACAGUAGUCUUCAUAACGUGGUUAUCAUGGGGCCUUGUUGUUUGUGCUUGGCCACUAGGGCUUGGUAUUUACAUUGUAUCCCUUGUCAGCGUUGUGAUUAUAAUGGUGAUAGCGAUUGCAUUGGCCGUCGUCUGUGCUAUAAUUUUCCGUAUCUUACGCAGACAUCAGAAAGUAAUUCGAGAUCAAACCCAAUUACAUGCUGAGGAAGCCAGGACGUUAUCACGCAGUAGGAAAUCUGCAGCUGCCAUAUUAUACGUCGUUGUUUUAUUAUUUAUCUUCUAUUCUCCUUGCGCUUAUGCAACCAUUCGUUUUAAUAUCACAAAAGACUUUAGUAUCGCCCAAAACAUUCUGUGGGAUGUUGCAACGACUCUGGCUCUGAUGAACGCAAGUGUUAACCCUAUGCUAUAUUACUGGAAAAUGGGAAACAUUCGUCGUGCUGUAAAAAGGUUGCUCUUUGUGAAUCAGGUUGAGUUAAUUCACAGAGGAAUUGACAUUUCUACGUGUUAAUGCAUACGUAUAACGCACAACAGGUCAUCCGUGAUGGCUAUAAAAUUCGCAAUCAGAUUCACGUGAACAUCAAGCUGCUGUGUACUUCUACAUUUCAGAUGACAACCAUUUUUGAGCACCAUUUAAUAAUGUACCUUAAAAACAACCUUGAAGCAACCUUGUAUUGGUAAGGAAUUGCUUCAGUGAGCCAAAUUCGUGCAUGGCAAAGUGAACUUUCUAUUGAUGUCUUAAUGGAGAAAUUCCGCUUUUAACGCUGAGCCGCUCGUCAUCGAUAGCAAUCGUCGGUCAAAAUGUUCGCUUUUGCCAGUGAGUGAUUCACAUUAAAAUUAGUAUAGGUUAUUCAUCUGAAUACGAAUUACACUACCAGUGAUAUUUCACUUUAGUCCAAAAUUGCGCGAACCUUAUGAUGAGUGCAACUUGAAAGAAUUUAACUGGGGUACGGUGUAAAUCUUUAAUUGCUUGAGCUUUCAUACGAUUUCUCAUUUAUUGUAUGGAUUAGAAAAUUACGUACGAACGCGCGUGUGUCAAUUUGUACUGCAGUGCAAAUUAAAAAAAAAGGAAGGAAACGGUAAAAACUGCUAUAAUAACGAUAAAUAGGCCUGCUCCCAGCCAAUCACAAGGAAGUAAUUUUAUCAGUCAUAUGAUAACUUCAAACUUAUUAUAUGACACACUUUCACACUUAUAUCGCUAUCAAAAUAAUAAGUUGAGUUUUUAGCUUUCAUUGUGUUUGAUUUGCAGUUUCACUACCGCAGGGUUCCGCAACAUUUUGCAACAUUUCCGCCAAAAUUAAGUUUUAAUUUUUAAAUAAUAGUUAACAAUAUUCAGCUGUAUUUUAUCCGUGUCUCCAACUAGUGCCGUUGGCGCUAGAACGACCGAACACUUAACUGAAAGGAUAUGUAUGUAACAAGUUUGUUACACUGUCUUACAUAACUCCUGUGAAGCAAGGUUUAAAGUUUGAAGGGCUGUAAUUGCCUUUAGACAUUUCUGAAGUUGUAUUUUAAAUAAAGUAUGUAAAUACAGUUGAACCCCCAAACUCUGAGGGCAGAAGAAAAAAAGCUCGAAAUUGUUGGCCGGUUCAAAAUAACCUGGUUAGCAUUAAAUAUUAAAAAAAUAACAGUUAAAACUAAUUAAUAUGUAAUCAACACGAUGGACUGUAUUUUUUAUCCGACCAAGGAACACUUGAAGACGAAAUUCACUAUAGUACAAGAUUGAAAUGUAAUGAAAAGCCCAACUUGAAGUUUUCCAGCUAUGCAUGUUCUAACUUUGAUUUCAUGAUACCAAACAAUAGACUUCACGCCUAUAACACCCGCCAGUCUGCGAAAAUCCAUUUGCCUUCCCCAAAAACCAGCUGGGGUAAACAGAAAAUAAAUUAUCAGGUUGUGAAAGAUUUUAAUAAGAUUGUAAUUUCUCU